AUGGAAGCUCAGUUGGUGCCCGGGGCAGCCGCGAAGCAGCCGGCGAAGCGCGCCGCGUCGGCGGCCCUCGUGGGCCUCGCCGUCUUCGGCCUCGUGGUCUUCGCCGGCGCGCGGCUCCAGGCCGGCGCGCCGGCCGUCGAGCUCGACGCCAACGAGCUCAAGAGCCACGCCCACGCGACGGACGAGUCCUCGUCGAAGGUCUCGGCGACGUUGACCUACGAGGACUUCACGGCCUACGCGUCCGUGAAGGAAUACCUGCGCGACUACGCGGGCGUCUCCAAGGACGACUGGUCGACCUACGACGAUUUAGAGAUUUACGUCCCGCGCGAGAUCACCGUGGACCUCGACGUGGACCGCGUGGCCGGGUCCAUCGGCACGGCGGCCGUCGAGGGCCACGUCUUCUGGGGCUUGACCUACUCGGGCAGCAACGACUUCUCGGCGGCGUACCUGAUCGUCAUGGACCUGCGGGGCAAGCUCAAGCAGCUGUCGCCGGUCUACGGCAAGUACAUGCUCGACAACGGCUACACCGUGAGCGACGACAAGGACGUGAAGCGGCGCAUGUUCCAGCCCCUGGGGCUCAAGAUGUUCAAUUCGUCGCACGUGCUGCUGGCCCUCAGCGACGACGGCACGUCGGGCCCGCGCGCGCUGUGGGACUGGAAGGAGGACACCUGGACGAGCCUCUGCGAGGGCGAGUCCGGCGAUUCCCACGACAUCCAGUGGGCCUACGAGGACGCGGCGAUCUGGCAGGUCGACGGCACGACGAAGGUCGAGGAGAUCGCCGUGUCCUCGAACGAGAACCUCGCGCAUUUCGCGGAGGAGAAGGUCCAGGACCCGAACCACUGCCAGGCCACGGAGAAAGACACGCAGUUCUACAUCUCGUCGCGCCAGACGAACAGCAUCAUCAAGAUGAACGUCAACGGCACCGUCGAGUACACGCUGGGCGGCGAGUACGGCGACUACAAGAUCGUCGAGUACGACGGCACGGUCUACAAGGCGGGCGACGUCGUCUGGAGCGGCCAGCACAACGCGGAGUACUUCGGCGAGGACGAGUUCUGCAUGUUCGACAACCAGGAGGAGACCUACGCGAUCUACGACGAGAGCCGCAUGCUCUGCGUCAAGCUCGAGGACUACAAGGAGACGAAGCGCGGCUACGUGUCCUUCUCCUACUUCCUGGGCGAGUACACGCCCCACUUCGGCGACAACGACCGGCUGACGACGGGCAACCAGCUCGGCAUCUUCUGGGCGGACAAGAUCAAGGUCCACGACCAGUACAGCGUCCGCGCGAUCGAGGUCGCGCGGAACACGUCCGAGAUCGCCUGGGAAUUGAAAGUUUACGGCGCCAAGUGCUCGGCAGGGCAGGACAAGGGUGAUUCAACGUGCUCGGGCAAGCGCUACUGCUCGAACCCGGGCGGCGGCUGGUACGCCUACUCCAUCGAGCGCGUCUACGAGGCGCCCAUCGUCGCGAACGUGCGGUGCGACGGCACGACGAUCACCUUCGACGCCUACAACACGUUCAAGCAGAUGAACACGUUCCCGGGCACCUACACGAUCACGGCCGCCGUCGGCGACGACGACGACGGCACCGUGACCGGCGACUUCGACUUCGAGGCGCACUGGCGCGCGGCGUCCGUGUCCGUCGACGUGCCCUUCGACACGUCCAGCGCCGAGAUCACGAUCACGAACCAGUUCGGCGAGUCGACGACGGCGGCGACGGGCUGCUAA